AACCACUGUUCAGCAGCAUGCAACUGUUCAGCAAUCCAUGGAAAGAUCCACGCUGUCAAAAUACAGAUUGUACACAUGGGGGGCAAACAGUUAUGGACAGUUAGGGCAGGGUCACAUCGAAGAUCUGUCAAAUCCACACUGCGCUGAGUCGUCUCAUCUGGAUCAGGGCGUGACUUUCAUCACUGGUGGUGGUGGACACUCGGUGCUCAUUGCAGGGUCUGGUUCAUUGUUGGUUUGUGGGCAGAACCAUAAAGGCCAGCUAGGGCUGGGUCACACCACAGAUGUGCUGUCCUUUGUCCCCGUCUCUCUUUCGAGGUCUGUUCAGCAGGUGACCUGUGGAUGGGAUUUUACACUAUUCCUGACCGAUGGUGGGCAGGUGUUGUCGUGCGGCUCCAAUGCGUUUGGCCAGCUGGGCGUCUCCCCACAGGUGCCCUACUCUGCCCAGCCUCUGCCAGUCCAGUGUGAUCCUUGCAUUAGUAUAGCAGCUGGACUGAGGCAUGCACUGGCUGUGACAUGCAGUGGAGUUGUCUAUCAGUGGGGGACAGGUCUACACAGUCAGGCCAAACGAUGCCAACGUGACUUGGCGCUGCCGUCUUACCUGUCAUCCAAAGAGCCAUGUGUAGUUCCAGGUCUGGAUCAUGUCACCCCUGUGGAAGUGGCUGCAGGCUCCGCCCAUUCUGUGUGUCUGACAGCAGGGGGAGAGGUGUUGGUGUGGGGCAGUAAUAAGCAUGGGCAGCUGGUACAUGCUGACCCCUUCCUGCUCCUCCCAGUGGCUUUACACCACUCCCUGUUUAAUGGAGACCGAGUCACACACAUACACAGCGGAUGGACACACCUCGUAGCCUUAACAGAAAGGGGGCAGGUCUUCUCUUGGGGAAGAGCCAGUUACGGCCAGCUUGGGAGAGCAAUGCAAGCCAAUCAGGGUGCUGACCUGGGAUCAGAGGCGGGCCAGACUGAGAGCUCUCCCCUGCCACCGCACUGUACUCCCUCAGAGAUUACCCAACUUGCCGGAGCAUCUCAGAUUGCCUGUGGAUCCGAACACAACCUGGCUAUUGUAGGGGAUUGUCUGUUCUCCUGGGGAUGGAACGAGCAUGGAAUGUGUGGAGACGGAUCCCUUUGUGAUGUCACGCGCCCGCGUCCAAUCCCUGCGCUCAGAGGCGCCAGGGCCAUGCUGAUUGGCUGUGGAGCAGGGCAUUCCAUGGCUCUGUGCUGUUUGAAGGACGGUGAGGAGGAGGUAGUGGGAGACGGCUCUGCGGCUGUGGUCGGACCUACUGUGGCUCAAGGUGAACGUGGUUGAGCUGCGGCUGACUGCAGCCUUUGCCGGUAACGCACGAGCUAUCACACACACACAACUGCUAAAUGUGUGUGACUUAACUGAGUCCUCCUGACUCCCUCAGCCUCACACCACACUCGCUGUGACACACACACACACACACACACACACACACACACACACACACACACACACACACACACACACACACACACCAAAAGCAUGGACACAGCCCCUCAGGAGUAUCGUUUACAUUUGAGUUACCAAAAAGGACAAAUGCCCCCUUCAUUUCCCCAUUACGCACCACCCUGUGUGUGUGUGUACAUUACAUUACGCAGCGCAGAGUGCAGAUUAGCAUCUUUGUGCGGUGAUCGCUUUCUGAUGGCGUCGUCCCCCAACACCCCCCAGAGGAAUACAAACCCAUUGGAAGGAGGAAAUGGGAGACUGAAUGUGUUGAGUGCUCCCACUGUGCGACACUGAUGCUGCUUAACCCGAGCCCCCAUUACAUCAUUACGCCAUCAUGAGCCUCCACAGCCCCCU